CUAAACCAUUUUAUCAGUAACCUGUCUCGGUAGAAUACUACUGAUGCACACGGUUGCCUAUUGCAUAAUAUAUAAACACUCGUACGUAUUUAUUAUUUAUCGCGGUAACAUCGGCUCUCGUAGAGGAUACUUCCUUUGCUAGUUCCAGUAUGCUUGUAACCAUGACGAUGACUAAACGAGUGCUUGUUAUUUACACUGGCGGGACAUUUGGUAUGCUGAAGAAUGAGAAAGGAGUGCUGGUGCCUCAAAAAGAUAUAGAAAAAGUGAUUAGAAGACUACCGCAACUACACGACAAUGAGUAUUGGAAGGAACACAUCGCUGGAUCCGAUAUGAAGGAAUACCUCGUUUUACCUGAUGGGAAAGACACAGAAUUGAAAGUAUUGUACAAGAUAUACGAAUAUGACGAGCUCAAAGAUUCUUCAGACUUCACCAUUGACGACUGGAUCAGACAGGCGCGAGACAUAAAGAAAUUUUACCAUGACUACGAUGGAUUUGUUGUUCUCCACGGCACUGAUACAACGGCUUACGGCGCUUCUAACCUGUCAUUCAUGCUGGAGAGUGUCGGAAAGACCGUUGUUCUUACAGGAGCACAGGUACCAAUCUUCCAACCGCGCAGUGAUGGCAACAAUAACUUACUGUGUGCAAUCCUGAUCGCGGCUACUCAAUGUAUUCCCGAAGUCACGGUGUUCUUUGGCGCUAAAUUGUUUAGAGGCACUAGAGUCAAGAAAGUCUCCAAUACACGCAUAUACGCUUUCGACUCGCCCAACUUCCCCCCACUUCUGGAAGCGAAGACAACACUAGAAGUGGACCCGAAGAUGCUGAUUCAUCCACCAGGGUCUGUGCCCAACGAGUGCCGGCUGCACGACCAGCUGUCUAAAAAAGUCUAUAUAUUGAAAGUAGCUCCGACCAUCACUCCGGAACUGAUUAGAGCGGUGUGUGAAAAUAUGGAAGGAGUUGUCUUGGAGACCUACGGUAAUGGAAACAUUCCGAUAAAAAGAAAAGAGAUCUACAAAGAAAUAGAGAGGGCGGUGAAGAACAACGUGUUGGUUGUGAACGUGACGCAAUGUAUCAAUGGAACGGUGCUUGGCAAAGCAAUAUACGAGACUGGAUUGUUACUGGUAGAAUGCGGCGUGAUCCCCUCCUUCGACAUGACUCCUGAAGCGGCGCUGGCCAAGCUCUCAUACGUGUUGACCAAAACAGAACUCAGUUACCAGGAGAAAGUUGAGUUGAUGAAGACCAACAUCCGAGGGGAACUCCACAACCCGAACAAGGCGUAAUUAAGAUUAAUAAAUUAGUAUCCACAA